AUGCCCUAUGCACAACCACCGCUUGGAAAUUUGCGGUUUGCAAAGCCGCAAGCGCCGCUACCUUUCUCGGGCGUGCAGCAAGCAAUGAGUUACGGAGCAGCAUGCUCUCAGCAAGCUGGCUUUACCCCUCCUGGUCUCCCCUUUACUUUCCCUACCUCAGCCCCGCUCGCAAACAUCUCUGAGGAUUGUCUCUUCGUCAAUGUUUUAAAGCCUGCCUUUGCCACUGCUGAAGAUGAGCUUCCGGUGCUUUUUUGGCUUUAUGGAGGUGCUUUCUCUUAUGGUGACUCGUCGCUCAACACUGGUGACGUUUUGGUCGAGCGAUCCAUCGCCCUCGAGGAACCUAUGAUUUUUGUUUCUAUAAACUAUCGUCUCAAUGCGUUCGGCUUCUUGGCAAGCCAGGAGGUAUUGGACGCUGGUCUUACUAAUAUAGGCCUUCGAGACCAGCGUUUUGCAUUGCAGUGGGUUAAACAGUACAUAUCCGCGUUCGGAGGCGAUCCUGAGAAAGUUACAAUAUGGGGAGAGAGUGCAGGCUCUUUCUCGGUCGGGCUACAUAUGGUUCUCAAUGACGGUGACCCAGAGGGUCUCUUUCGCGCAGCUGUUAUGGAAUCUGGAUCAGCGUACGCCUUAAGGAAUGUUUCAGCCGCCCAGCAAUAUUAUGACUUCCUUGUGGAGUAUACGGACUGUACAGAACAGGCAGAUACGCUGAACUGUCUGCGGCAGGCACCAUACGAACAGAUAGUGGCUGCUGUUCCGAUAAUCUCGGGCGACUGCGAUGAUGAGGGUACGUUGUUUUCUUGUGGCAACACGAAUAUAACGACAAACCCUGAAUUUCUGAGCUACAUUCAAUCCAACUAUUUUCCUGAUGCGAGCGCAGCCGAAGUUGCGGCAGUCGGGAUGGCAUAUCCACCAGAUCCAAUUUUGGGAUCACCCUUCGGGACCGGAGAUGCCAACGAGAUUACUUCGCAAUACAAACGGAUCGCAGCGUUCACUGGUGACUGGCAGUUUGAAGCGCCGCGACGGCUGACACUUGGCGUAAUGUCGCAAACCCAGGACACUUGGGCAUACUUGUAUAAAAGGGGUAAAUCCGACCCUUACCUGGGCGCAUACCACUCGUCCGAUUUACCCGAGUUCUUCAGCAAUAUUGAUUUCAUUGGAACAGACGCACUCAUCAAUUUCGUGGUUAACCUAAAUCCAAACGCACCUCCAGGGCUCGUUUCCGGGAUAAGUCAUCUCUCUGGCGUGAAUUGGCCGCAAUGGGGCUCGGAUGUCGCAGCACCGCCUUUGCUGACCUUCCAGGACCCGGCACCAACGUUCAACUUCACCACUGACAAUUUCCGCUGGGGUUCUACAGCUCUUCUUACCAGUCUUUCCUUACAGAUGCCUUGA